AUGUUCACUUCGUUCUCUGGGAGGCAGAGGCAGCUGGCUGGCAAUAUCGCGAGAAAGGCUGAGUUCAGUGAGAUACUGACCAUUUCUCUAGCAGAUCCGGAGGAGCAGAUUAUUGUUCAGUUGAGAGAUGCGUGCACCAGAGUCGGAUUCUUCUAUGUCAAAGACCAUGGCGUUCCACAAGCAACAAUAGACGAGAUCUUUCAGACUGCAAAGACGUUCUUUGACCAACGGCUGGAGGUGAAGAACGAGAUCAACUACAAGAAGAACUCGGUAUUGCAUGGCUACGAACCCAUGGCCGAAGUACGGACCGAUGAGACGAAGCAAGCUGAUCUGAACGAGGCUUUCAAUUGUGGCCAUGAGCCUGAUCUGGACCCUCACUUCGAUGGCGUCAGUGUUGAAGCGAAAGGAAGUCCAAUGCAAGGCCCCAAUGCUUGGCCUCAAAUGUCAACCUUCAAACCCAGUGUGGCAGCAUAUUACGGCGAAGUCCUCACCCUCGCCCGACGCAUGGUACGACUAUUCGCCACAGUCUUACAUCUCCCUCCCGACUACUUCGACCCCGCCAUCCGCCAACCUGGCGCAAUGCUCCGCCUGCUCAAGUACCCUGCCCAAGACCCCACCAACCCCGACGCUCUAGGCAUAGGCGCCCACACCGACAUCGAAGCUUUCACAAUUCUCCUACAAGGAACCCAACCAGCACUCCAGAUCCUCAACGUGGACGGUCAAUGGAUUCAGGCUCCUCCCGUGGCUGGGACGUUCGUCGUGAAUAUUGGAGAUAUGUUAGCGCGCUGGUCGAACGAUGUGUUCAUAUCGACGGUGCAUCGGGUGCACAAUGCUACGGGGCAGGAGAGGUAUAGUAUCCCGUUCUUCUUUGGGCCGAGUUAUGAUACUGUGUUGGACCCGUUGCCGACUUGUGUGCCAGAGGGGACGAAGGCGGAGUAUGAGCCAAUUGUGGCGGGGGAUUAUGUUUGGUCUAGAUUGGCGAGAAGUAGAUUGAGUGGAGAGGAGGCGAAGACGAAGGGGUUUGUGAAGGGUGGUGUGGUGGCUUAG